AUGUCAUUAUACGAGAAGCUCCUAAGUCGUGUCGGGACACAGAAGCACUUACUUAAGUUUUGGGAAGAAUUAUCGGAGCAGCAAAGGAAUUCGUUAGCGGAGCAGAUCGAGUCGAUUGACUUCGAUGCCGUGAAGAAGGCAUUUUUUGCUUCCGAAGACGCAUACAUCGCAUCUCCAGAAAAUCUCACACCUGUACCUUUGGAUCACCAUAUUGUAUUCAGAAACUUAACGGCUGCCGAGAGGCAACGAUAUUGGCGGAAAGGACUUGAGGCAAUUUCUCGCGGUGAAAUGGCUGCUCUCGUUCUCGCUGGAGGACAAGCUAGUCGGCUAGGAUCAACCGCUCCCAAGGGCACGAUACCACUAGGUCUAAAUGUAGCUCCUUGCGAUUCGCUGCUAGGUAUGCAAGCAACCAAAAUUGCUUUGUUGGAAAAAUUGGCGGCGAAGGAAUUUCCUCAGCUCAAAGAGAAGGGCAAGAUUCAAUGGUAAGC